GAGAGAAGACACAUUUGGAACAAUUAAAGCGGCCUUAAGUUAUAGUUAUUAUACAUUUGGAUUUCAUUAAAAUCGUUCUAGAAGGAUAACUUUUUAUAUUGAAAAAUAAUUAACAACCAUCAAGAUGAACGAAUCAAUCGCCUUAACACCCGGGCCCAGGGUGUUCGAUCGAUACGAGUUUGUGUCAGAAUCCCCGGCGGUUGGGGUCUUCCUGCUAAUUGUUUUGAUAUUUGCAUCGCUAGUUGGGGCAUUUGGAAAUCUACUUAUAUUAGUAUCUCUUUGCAAGUGUAAGAUGAUGAAGUCUUUAGAAUGCAUCUUCAUCGGUAACUUGGCUAUUUCUGAUUUGUAUGUGACUUUGGUUGCCGAUCCAAUGAGCAUAAUUGCAAAACUAGAAGGUGAACCAUUCUUCAAUUCCAUAGAUGGGUUAUGCCAAGGAAUCGCGUACAUUUGUACAAUGGCUUGCGUAAAUUCUCUUGGCUCAAUAACGUUGAUGAGUUUUAACCGUUAUAUUUUUAUUUGCCAUCACAAAUAUUACUACACAAUUUUCAAGAAACGCACGUGCAUUGCGAUGUGUUUUUGCUUAUAUAUUGUUGGUCUUACGCUUGUUCUUUUGAAUUUGGCGGGAAUUGGAGACCAUUCGUUUGACAGGAAAAGUCUUGAAUGUAUAUGGGACCGCAUGGCGACUUAUUAUUACACUGUAGUCUUUUCAAUCCUUUUAGUCUGGAUUCCAGUUAUCAUUACGGGAAUAUUUUACUUAAAGAUAUUCGUAACAGUUCGCAAGAGCACGAAGAAAAUUACAGAAGUCACAUGCGCAGAUCACAACAGGAAAUCGGUUAACCUUGCACGCACAUUGUUUUUCAUUUACGUGAUUUUUUCACUGUGUUGGAUUCCAUAUGCCUUGAUUAUAGUGAUAGACAGAAAUGAUACAUUUUCUUAUGAGCCACACUUGAUUCUUACCGUCUUUGGUCACUUGCAUCCAUCAAUCAACUGGCUAGUGUACUAUUUCACCAACACAAAAUUUCGUAAAGCUUUUGACAAACUAGUUAAGUUGAACAAACUUUUCGACUUAUGCAAGAGAAAGAAGAAGGAAAUACCGAUUGAAAUGUCGAAGACACCAACACAAUCCAACGAAAUUUUGACAAAAAUUCAAAAUUUUCAUUCAUCUUCAGGUACUGAAUAGCGUGACAAUUCCUUCCUAUAAAUAUAUUUUACUAUGACUGUGCAUAUUAUCUGUGAUCAACGCGAGGACAGUGCACUUUUGUUUUAAUUCAAGUGUGAUUAUAUUUUAUAGUUUGAAAAAUAAAAAUGAUUUUUAUUGAAAA